AUGGUCAAAUCAACCAGCAAAGACCUCCGCGUCGUCAUCGUGGGCGGCGGCUUUGCCGGUCUAACUGCAGCCAUUGAGUGCAAGCUACGCGGCAUGCACCCGAUCCUAGUUGAGGCCUAUUCAGGCGCCAGCUCGCACGGCGAUCUACUCGACUUUGUGCGCAACGCCGGCCGGGUAUUCGAAUCCUGGGAUAACGGUAAUGUCGGCCGCAGGCUCAUGGCGGCGGGAGUCAAUGCUGCCAAGUACCUUGAGAUCUACAACGCCCAGAACGUGCUUCUGCGGAAGGAUCCAUGGCCGCAGGCGGAGGACAAGGACUGCGUCUAUGCCGGCCACCGCGGAGAGAUGCAUAGGAUCAUCUAUGAGUACGCUAUUGAAGUUGGUGUGGAUAUGCAGUUCAGCAAGCGUGUCGAACGGUAUCUCGACUCGGACACUGAGAGAGGUGUCUUGAUAGAGGGAGGUGAGAAGAUCCUCGGUGAUGUCGUCUUAGCCUGUGAUGGUCCCAAAUCCUUGGCUCGCACUCAGCUUCUCCAGCUUCCUGAGUCCACAGUUAAUAGUGGAUAUGCUAUCUUCAGGGCAUUCUUCAAUAUUACUGAUGAGAUGCGCCAGCUUCCUGAGUUUUCUGAGAUGAUCAAGCCGGGCGAGGACAGCGUUCGGUUCUGGGUUGGUCGGGAUAUGCAUGGAUUUAUCUACACGUGGAAGAACGGAAGGGACUGUGCGUGGGUUCUGACACAUCUCGACGAUGCGAAUAUUGCCGAAACAUGGUCCUUCCCUGGAAAGAAGGAGGACGUUUCCAAAUAUCUCAAAGAUGCUGGAUUCCCUGAGAUAUGGCACCAAGUCCUCGGGGUCACACCGGAUGACCGGAUCAUCGAUUAUAAACUAGUCUGGCGGGACGCCAUCCCGACGUGGCUAUCGAGUUCGAAGAAAUGCGCGGUCAUGGGGGAUGCAGCGCAUUGUCAUCUUCCAACUUCUGCUCAGGGAGCCUGUCAAGCAGUCGAGGAUGCCGUUACAGCCGCCAUCUGUCUGCAAAAGUGCAACGGUGAUGUAGCGGCGGGCCUGCAAGUGUUUGAGCGCAUACGAUUCAACCGGUCGCACGUAAUUCACCAAGCAUCGAUCUUGACGCGCAAUAUUUAUCAUAAAAACGACUGGACACCUGACCUGGUGCGCGAAUAUCCUGAUUCUUUGGUCCUUCCUUUUUACCCUUGGGUUACCGAUUUCGAUGUCUUCGCCAAUGCGGAGAAGCACUUCGAUCAUUUGCUAGAAGAUGUCAAAAGCGGGAAGCCUGGUACUAUCGAACAGCUGGCGCUGCCUGCUGGAGGAAAUUAUGAUGCAAUGUUGCUAGAGAAGAGGAUCCCAGAGGAAAAGUUGGAUGAUCUAGCACCUUCUAAUGUGGUACGAGUUCAGUCGUGA